AUGAAAGGUGGUAAAACUAGUAGAAAAGUAUUGAAUGAGCUUUAUGCGCGGCCCCUUCCUUUGGUGUUAUCAUCCGAAGCGUACAAUGUAACCAUCCCUAAUGUUUUCCCACACAACCCCAUUUCCUGGAUUUACCUUGUGUGGAAAAUCGUUCAAAUCAAUACUCUUAAUCGGGUUCCCCAAUCCCAGAUACCUGCUCUCACCGUCCAAUUGGAAGAGUCAAUCUUCAAGGUCGCAGAUGAAGCUGACUUCAUCACCCUUUGGAGAUGUGGAUUUUUCGGUAAAGGUGUUUUGUCAAGAUCGGAACCUACAUGGAAGGAAAGAUCAAUCAAAAGGUUCAAUACGGUCCAGAAUGACAAGCAGUUCUCUAUGGAAGAGUUGACAAAAAAGAGACGUGAUGAGCGUAAGAAAUUCAAAGCCGAGAGAGCAAAACUACAAGAAUUGGAAUUGAAACAAAGGAAGGAGGAAUUGAGUUCUGAAGAUGCUGCUUCUCUUGAGGGACUAAAAAUUUUACUUUCAAAAAUGAGAAUGAACCCUUCCAUCAAAAAUAUCAGCACCGACGAUUUGAAGGUGGAAACUGAGGAGUCCGAAUUGGCAGAUAUUAUUGACUUAGAAUACCUCCAGCUACAGGCGAUUGAGACUUUUUAUCUCAAAUUCGCACUCAAUGUGAUAAAUGUUUAUGAAUCCCAUCUACUUUCAACUCUGCAGUUAUUUGAUAGAUGUUGCCGUCUUUCCCAGGGUGAGGGACCCAACAACACAUUCAUUAUUGAAUAUUCGGUGUAUCACUACUUCCGCUCCUUAGGAUGGUGUGUCCGGUCGGGAAUUAAAUUCGGCUGCGAUAUGUUGUUAUACAAAAGGGGACCACCCUUCACUCACGCUGAGUUUGCAGUUAUGAUCAUACCGGGUGAUGAGAAGCUGUGCCGUGAUUGGUUUGACAUGGCGGCAAUUGCAAGGGUGAUAGGCACAGUAAAAAAGACCUUGGUAUUGGCGUUUGUGGAGUAUCCUAAUCGAGAAACUUAUGACCAAAUACUACUGUCCGAAUUUGAAGACGAAAAGGAGAAAUUCACCCAAUUAUUGGGGAAGUACAGGGUCACUGAAAUUCUCUAUAGACGGUGGGCACCUGGUAGAACCCGGGAUUAG